GGAGAUGCUGAGAGGUGUGGUUACAGGGAUGGCGCUGGGGUGGUUUGGGAUGACAGCUAACUAGCCAGGAAGGUCGAAAGAAUCGAGGAUAUUGCUAGCAUUUACAAUCCGGAGUACUUUAUCGAGGCACUGUCUCUAGCAGACUCAAGGAAGUACACUGAGGCAAGAUGUGAUCAAUAUGUGGAUCAAACUUGACUGGGAGCUCAGAAAACUUUACCAAAUAUCUGUUUCUAAUAAUUAAAAUUUUGUACAUCAUAUUUGUACUAAAUACAUGCCGACAAUGCACUCGUCACGGCCCUCCAUUCCCCCACGAACACGUCGAUUUGACAGUGGCAGACGUACAGAAACUAAACCACCCAACCAUGUAGCCAGGAGGGAGGACAAAAAUAUAAGCAGCAUUUCUUCAGCAUCUCCUCGUCGUGCCACACGAGCACCACCAGAGCCUUCCAGGUUAAAGGGCAUUGGUCUAAGUGCUCGAUCCUCAGUGACUCAGAACAAAACAGUCCGACAGCAAAAGACCUCUAACCCCUCAGUAUCAAGCAAAUCUAAGGGUGGAUCUAAAGUUGAACAUGUGGCAUCAAACCUAGUCCCUGCUAAUGUGGAUCCAAACUGUAAUGAACCAAGUCUGCCUUGCCUGUGUUGUGAUGGCCACUCAACUCAGGACAGCAACAGCUUAUUUAAUCAUAAUCAUAAUAAUAAUAACACUGUGACCAUCAGGCAGCAGCUCAAGCUUGUCCCACCACCCCAGGAGAACAAGGAGUCUGAGAAACCAGAAAUUGGAAAAGCCAAAUGUAAGCCAGAGGAGGAGCAGCCUGUGGCAAGUCCUGUAUCUAAACAGAUGGAGGACAAAAAGGAAGAGGAAAAUGGAAAUGUGGAUGAAGUAGAAGAAGCUGUGAACAAAGAAGAUGGCAUUGUAGUAAAUGCAAGCGGAAAAAUAGUAGAUGAGAAUGGAAAUGGUAAUAAUCAAGAUGUUAAUGUUAAAAACAAUGAUGAUGAUGAUAAUGACGACGAUGAAGAAGAAGAUGACAACACACUUGUACCUUCUUGCUGUGAUUGCCCAGCAUCAAUGUUGGAUUUCUCUCUCACGUCUUCUACCUCAUCUUCAUCCACCUCCAUUAGCAGCUGCUCAGAUCUGGAUUCUGAUUGUCCUGAUACAUUUUCAGUAUCUCUGCAAGAAGAAGAAGGAGCCACUGAGCAUUAUUCUUCUCCUCAUCCCCCAUUAUCCCACUCUACUGUUUUUCCAUACUGCUCUCUUCCACUGGACCUCAGUACUUCAGUAAGAUCACCAUCCCCAUGCUCCCCUGAUGAGGGAUAUCCUUCAGCUCCUCAAUCCCCUUCUUCAGAAUGUAUGGAGGGCAAGACAUCUAAGAAAGAAAAUGGCAUUAAAGUAGAUCUCUUGAACUUUUUGGACUCUAUUGAUGAAUUAGGCAAAGUGGAUCACUUUUAUCAAAUUGUUCAGUUAGCACAAUGGGAGCUAAAGGAUGACUUGGAUCUAAGAUAUAGGCUGGUGCAUCAAGAAAGGCUUGAAAAAGUUAACAAACAGGUGAGAUUUAUGUAUUUGGAAAAAUUGCAGGAAGCUGGAUUGGACUUUUCUGAUGAAGAUAUUUCUGAUAUACUUGAUGAAAUGGGCAAUAUUGACAUUUCUUGGAAGCUUUAUAAAAGUGAUAGAUUGUCUGAUUCCCAGGAAUACAGUGAUGCUGGGGUAGAUAUGACCGCCCCUUCUGACCUGGAUGAGCCUCCAAUUCCAGAUUCCCUUGCAUCAUCACCUGUGAAUCCACCUCCUCGUCCACCCAAACCUCCAGCAAGAAAUGUUAGUGCACAGCCAGAAAUGCACACAUACAUGAACAUCAGUGGUAAUACACCUUCUGUUUCCUCUACCUCCUCCCCAGCUAAAACCUUCAGUCUCUCAGUUACCCAAAAUUCAUCUAUAAGUCCAUCUUCAGUGUCAAAACCGCCUGUGUUGCCUCUACCACCAUCACAGCCGGUUCCUUAUUUCACCCUGUAUAAUGAUGCACCCACUCCACCCAUUCCACCUCCCAGAAAGCGUCAUAAAGCCCGUCUAGAAGCUCAGAAGCUUGCUGAGCUUGAAAGACAGAAAACCCCUCAGUCUCUACCAGCUCCAACCUCCAGACCUCCACCUCUACCACCUCCACCAGCUUUGCCCUCUCCCCCUGCCAUACCACCACCACCAAUACUCCCACCUCCCCCAUCAUUUCAUGCCCUGGACAUAGAGAUACGGAAGCUGCUGACACUGGCAGGGAUCACCCAGGCUGAGUUACUAAGGCUUAGCCCUGAAUUGGGGGUCUGUGUUGAUGGGGUCUUGGAAGAGGAACAGAUAUCUGAUCCUUUAAACAGCAAACAAGAGACAGGAGAGGAUGUGAAUAAGGAGAAAACAUUUACACGUUGGGAGCCGAGAGAGUGCAGUAAGCUUGGGAAAGAAGAAAUAUUCAUAGAUGAACAAAAAGAAGAAUGCAAGGACGGUUUCAGGACAACGUCCUGCACAGAGAUGUCCAAGCAGCGCAAAGAGAACGAAGGUACUAGUAACUGUAGCUGUAAUUUUGGUCUGAGCGAUAAUGCCAGCUUUGCAACGGACUCAUAUUACAGCACAUCCAUUAGCAACAAACAGAUCACUAAUUCUAACUUUGGCAGUUUUGAUUAUGCCACAGUGAUUCCUGAUUCUCCUCCUCCCCCUCCCCCUCCACGACCUUUACCCCCACGGCCAAAAAUAUUGCCUAAACCACCUCAACUUCCUUCUGUAAAGCCAUGUGCACUACCUGCCAAUUCAUCUCGGCCGGAUAGAUUUGAUUGGCUAAUAGCCUUUACUCCAGACACAGAGACUCCACCUCUAGAAAUGAGAAAAGCAUCUACUAAAGGCACAUCCCCAAAAUCCAACUCUGUUCCAAAAGUCACUACAUUUAAAGAACUGCGCAACAGAAGUAAACAAGCUUCCCCACCAACUCAAACCCAACCAGAAUCUGAACCAAAUGUCAUAACACCUGAUCCAGAUUUCCUGUAUAACCUUAAGUGGCGAAGAGAGAAGGCUGAUGGGGAUGGCACCCAGUGGGAGUACACUUCCCAAGCACAAGUCAACUUUCUCCAGCCACCACCCACACCUGCCUCAUUGGCUCUAUUUAGGGAAAUACGCCACUUGAAUGUUCAGGCAGACGCCACCCUGGAGCUUGGCCCCAUGCAACAAAUUAAUGGCUCAGUCAAUAAGUUCAAUCAGUAUAAGUUUAUUGAAGACCGAAAGAGAGAUCUUUCCAAGACAAAGGAUGAAGAUGUGGUGGAGACAGAGGUUAGAGGAAUGGCAGAUGGAGGACAAACCUGGGAAUCAAGAACAAGACUGUCUUCACCUCCCCUGUCUUUAGCCUUGCCAAGUGCUUUGCCCUCACCCUAUUAUCUCCACUCCAGCUCACUAUCCCAAGCACCCUUGUUUUACCGUUCAGACUUUUAUAGGAAUCAGUCAAAAGCUCUGUCUCUUCAGGAACAUUCUAGAAAGUCUUUGUGUCAUAUGAAUCCCACUUCUGACUCCAUUACAGAUUAUACUGACUCUCUCUUCUUCACAGACUCCAAAAAGCAUCAAGAAACUUUGUGUAAUCAUGAAAAUCCUUCUAGUGGCAUUGGUUAUGAUAAUUCAGACAGCUUUAUGGAUUCUUUGUAUCAAUACUCUGAUACCAAGAAAAACAAGAGCUGUUACUGUAGAAUGGACUCUGUUAGCAACAUCGGGUCAUUGGAUGAAAACCGUAUAGAUUCAAACAGUAAUGUUGAUUCACUGUACUGCGGUGACAAAUACAGGAUUAAAACCAUGACUGACACACCAUCUGCAAGCACGUACACAGAUGGCAAUACAACCCCAUAUAAAAAUAUUGAAAUGAUACAGUUUGUUAAUGCAGAAAAGCUCAAAAAACAAAAAAGUGAUUGCAUCAAAGACACUAAUGAAGUUGUGAACUCCACGUUCAGCUGUGAGGAGACCAGUGUUCCAGAUUCAGUUUGCAACACAUUUAGUGACCAGGCAAUUUUGCAGAGCAAAUCCCAUAGCUCGCCCUUCCCUACCCUGUACCUCUACCACCCCAAAAAUUGCCCACUACAUAAAGGGGCUCCUCCACGCUUGUCCCCUGUAGGGGCACUUUCACCCCCUCAUAGGGCUGGGCCUCUGUCUCCAGGGGCCGCCAUGUCCCAUCUCUGUUCGCCCCUAUUCCCUCGCAGCCACACACUGCCUGCUCUUGCUGCCCCGCUCUAUUACCCCUACCUGUACACCCCCCGAGCUCUGGCUCCUCUCAGGGAGCCACUGGCCCCCAAACUCCAAUCUAAGCAGAAUGUAUCACCGCUUUCGCUGACUGUGCGCAGCCUGUCCUUCGCUGGUUCUGCUGUAAAAGCAGGGACCUGGAUGGGUGACAAUGAGAAGUCCCCACUGAUAGGCGGUGGUCUGCCCCCUCUGUGCCUGCAGGAAAAACGAGCUCUCAUCAGUGCAGUCAGUGUGGCAGUGGAGGCCAUUCUGGCUCAGUUUAGCUCCUCCAGGACUCUUGUGCAAAAGAUUCACUCAGUAGAUAAGGCUCUCUCGGGAGACAGCAGCGUAAACCCUGCUCUGGGUCGGCUGGUGUUGCAGUGCCUUUGCCCAGCCCUGCACAGCGUUCUCUGUGACGGACUCAAGCCGCAUCAGAGUGAUCUCAUCACAGGCAGGAGGCCAAAUUCACCCUGGGGAUUGGUUCAGGCCUCCACCAAACCAGGCCCAAACACCCAGGCUUUGUACAGCUUACAGGCUAAAGUAGCUGUACUUCCACAGCUCAAGCAAAGCCGUCACAGGUUUAAUGCCUUCCUGCUUGGCCUUCUCAAUAUCAAGCGCCUUGAUUACUGGCUUUCCCACUUACAGACCUGUCAUGAUGUACUGGAAACAUAUUACUGGCCAACAUCCUUCAUGCGCCUUUCGGGCACUUUUUGCCAGUCUCUGUUUGAAGAGCUUCUCCUCAUGCUACAGCCUCUUUCCCUCCUGACUUUCAACCUUGACCUGCUAUUCCAGCAUCACCACUUCGACCCAUUGUCCCCUGCGCUCAGCCCCCCGAGCCAUAGCGCACAGUCAUCCAGUCCAGACCAGCCUCAGAGCAACGGUCAACAUCUGAAGAAUGUUUCCAAGCAAGGCUUUACAGAUGAAAAAGCAGCCAGCCACAAUUCAAGUCACACAAGCACAUUCAAACCGGGCCCAACCUACUGCAGCCCAAUAUCAGGGAUCGGCAAAGGAGAGACAAGUCCACAGCUGCAGUGGCUAAAGGAAAAGGAGAUAAUAGCACCUCCUAAUAUCUGGAGUGGGAAUAGCUUCAGCCAUCAAGCAGGUCAGGCUUUUCAGCAAGGCUGGGGGGCAGUGAUACGUUGGGGUGAGCGUUUAGGGCAGAACUGGAGUGGUUGGACAUCCAGUAGUGUGUCAGAGGAGGCCAAAUCUCACACCAUUGUGGAUCUGAAUACACACUCCAAUUCUAAUUUUCCAAAGAGCCCAAGUCAGGAUCUCCUGACUGCUGAGGGAGGAACAGGUUCUUGGGGUUUAGGCAGACUGUUUGGAGCAUCCAAAAGCCCCAACAACCCACCAACAAAUCGGCGUCCUUCUCACUGGCUGAAUCCUGGUGUAACAGUUCUGUCCCGCAUUUCAAGCACAGGCCAAGCCUUUCUGCCAGAUAAGAUUGAGACUGGAAGAAAAGGAGAGAGGGAGAGCAGCAAAAACGAUGAGAGUAAAGAAACUGGUGACCAGCCAAAGCCUCUGAGGGUGGUCAGAACUCUAUGCGAUCACUUGGGUAUAGGAGCAGAGCUGAGCUUCAGAAAAGGGGAGGAGCUAUUACUUCUUGGAGGUGUGGACCAAGACUGGAUUCGCUGUCGCCAAGGUGACAAGGAGGGCCUUGUUCCCAUUGGUUACGCAUCGCUCAUCAUGUGACUCCUAUUUGGAGGAUCAUGUGAGUUGAAGUGAAGUAAAUAUGUAUACCAUGGAUAAUAAUGUUAAAAAGUAGAGCUGUAUACAUUGAUAUUUAGUUCAUAACCUAAACACUUAAAUAUUUAUUAAGGGCCGUGCAGAAAUGCUCAGCUCUCUUGCCUGGUGUGUGAUGUUUCGUGUUUUUUCUCUAGCAUUCAUCUAAAUAUAUAUGAUAUUGUAUAAAUUAUACAUUUGCAUAAAUAUAUACAUAUAGAAAUAUAGAAAAUCAGAUUAAUCAAAUUCUAAUCAUAACUUUGAUCAUGAUAGAUAGGCAGAUAGACAUGAAACAUAAAAAAAAAAACGAAUAGUCAUCGUGUAGUUCAUGUCCAUAACGAAUAAAAUUCAUCAUCUUGAGUUAGGACUUAUCCAAUCCAUAAUAUACAGCUUAUUCCAAAUAUCAAGCUUGCUAAUGGAUUGUAAAAGAAAGCAUCUAUUUGUGUUGUCACGCAGAAUUACAGCUGCUUUCGGCUUUGGAGUGUAAAUCAAUAUAGAAGCUGCUUGCAUGUUAUCUGAUUAUUAGUUUUCAAAUUGCUAUUCAUAGAUUUCCGAACCAUUCCAGCAAUUAAUUUGGACCUCGAUGACCACGAAAUAGUGGUUACUGUAUGGAUUUUCAGACACAGGUUAAGUCUAGUCAAAGAUACAUUUCUAGUCAUUAAUCCCAAUAAUUUAUCUUUAGGCUAGGUUUGAAUUUGUGCCUGGAGCCAGAAUUAUUUAAUCAGAUUUUUUUUAAAUGCUGUGUUAUCACUCGUUCACUAUUUAAAAGCCUGACAAUGUUAAACUACUACUACAAUCGAUGUUGUUGCUGUCACUAGUGGCAGAGUAGAGUACUUUAGUGUGGUGGUGCACUGAUCGUUUUUUAUUUGGUAUUUAUUUCCUACAGUGUGCUGACUAGUGUGUUUAGAAGAUUUUAUCACUGACUAUGCAUAUACUGUACUGUACUAUUUAAAAGUUUCAUCACUGGAAUAACCAUAUAUGAUUGAUGGCAUCACUCUUUUCUUUUUUUAAUUGGUAAUCCAUGUGUGAAUGCCUUGAAUGGAGUUGCAUGAACAUAUAUCGAAGCUAAUAACGUAUUUAUGAGUCUCAGAAGCAAGAUGGCUUGAUUGUGUGUUGACAUCUAUAUAUUUUAUUCCCCAAAACCAGUCAUAUUUACUCAUUCAUUUCUUCUAAUGUUCUAAAGAUUGCUGCAUUUGGAUUUGAACUAAAACUGCUUACCUGUAAGAUAUAGGAUUUAAAGGACGAAGGCAAGCAUUUCAGAUGAGCUGAGCACAGCAAUCAUGCUGGGGAGGGAAGCAGAGGCUACCCAAUGAAAAGCACUUGCUUCCACACAUUGAGCGCUGCUGAUUGAUGGCGUUCCCUUGCCAUCUGUGCCUGCACUGACAUGCCAGUUUGCAUGGAUCGCAGCUUCAUCUCUUUAACCCACACCAACAAAUGCUCACUAUCACUGUGCCAGUUUACAGCAGCAAAGCCAUCAGCUAUACACAUCACCCACCUCAUAGAAAUACACUGAGUAUUUACCGCACCGUCAGACACCUGCGUGAAUGUGUAACGUAAACGUGCUCCACUUUUGCCAAACCUCCAUUAUAUACUCUUUUCAGCAGACCAGCUCUUGCAUAUUGUUUUGUCAAGCAAAGUAUGCUUGCCUUAUUUUAGAAAAAAGUCACUUUGCAUAUCUGCACUUGGAUACGUUUAAAGAAUUAAGGUUAAAUAUGUGGUAUUAUAGGUUAAGCUAUACAGAAUUACAGCUUAGAUGUGAGUAUCUUCGAUGUUGUGUUGUUACAGAUUCAAGGCUGAAUUUUGUUUAUUGUAAUCUAUAGUUUUGUUUUCCAUUCUUACCUCAAAAGCCUAAUUUCAGUCAUAAUUUCAGUGAUGGAUGGAACCUUUCAGGAAUUUCAGAUUAUUAUUAUUUUUUUUUUUAACUUUUAUUUAUUUUCAGUAAUACAUUUAACAUUGUGAUAUAAAGCCUUGGUUCUGUGUAAAAAUAGAUGUACUGAGUAAUAUUGUGAUAUUGUUUUUGUUCUUGAUUAUUUGGCUGCUGUAUACUUUUUUGUCUAUCUCUCUAUCUAUCUGCUAUAGUGUGUAAGUGCGUAUGUAUGCGAGUGUAUACAUUAGUGUGGCAGUGGGUUGCGUAGCUGUGUGUGAUUAUAGCCCGCCGCUGGUAGCACACUUCAGAUACAUAGUAGCCUAAAUACCCUGUUCGAUUAACAUCAUUCAUUAGUCAACCAAUUGCUUGCAUGUGGGUGUCUGAAAAAUACCCGAAUAAACUAUUAAAAUCAAUAAA